CGUUGUACCUGUGACAAAGACAGUAAAGACAUUCUGAUUCUAAUUGACCAGCCAACAGUCCACAGCAUUAUUUACAACCACAUAUGAAGGGAAAUGUAUGUCCUUCUAUAACUGAAAAGCUACAUCCGGGUAGUGUUUUGCAUUUUCCUUGGCAAAAAAAAAAAUCUAACAAACCCUUUUUGUUUUGUUUUCUGAUUUGUCCCUACAGAGAUAUGGAACCUGUAUUUUUCCUUGUUAAUGAUUUGAAUAGACUGUCAACUCGGGUUUUACUAUCAGGUUUUGCUCUGUUGAUCCAGUGGAUAAUUGAUUGAGCCAUAGGCUCAUGGGGUCCUGGGCUGAGCGCCUGGCUGAGGGCUGACAGACUCAGGCUACACGUGAUGGUCGGUGCGCGUCACCGAAGCGCUGUCGCUCGCCUGGAGACUGGAGCAGGGCUGACUGACACUGUGUGCAGCAGGCUACUAUUUGAACGUGCCAAGUAAAGGGAACGCAAAACAUGGCUGGUUUGAUGGCAGGUUUCGGUCAUUACACCCACGCCGUCGUUCGGGGAAUCCCUGUGUCCCUGGCCAAAGAAGCGCUGCGGAGCAGCCAGACGGAGGUGGACCUGGCCAAGGCGGUGAAGGAGCAAGAGGCUUACGUCGAGGUCCUGAGGACGAGGCUCGGGCUGGAGGUGGUCGAGCUCCCCGCGGACGAGUCGCUCCCGGACUGCGUGUUCGUGGAGGACGCGGCCGUGGUGUGCGGUGACACGGCGCUCAUCACCAGACCCGGGGCUGAGAGCAGGAGAGGAGAGACGGAGGCAAUGAAAGGGGCUCUGAAGGAUUUAAAUCUGAACAUUGUGGAAAUGACUGAUGAGAAUGCGACACUGGAUGGAGGAGAUGUCCUUUUUACGGGUACGUCACUCUGCCUCUUCAAUCACUGUAUUUUAUUGAUUAUUCAUUAACCUUUGUCUGGUCAUUCCAAACCAGCAAACUGAGACCUUCCCUCUUAUUUUUGAGUCCCACAACAUCAAUAACACCACUUCAUAGAUCUGAACCAGCCAAGAUAUUAAUAUAUUGUGGGGAUUAGAAAAAUAUUUUGCUGCUAUUGGUCAUAAUCAUCAUCAUUACCAUUGCAUUAAUAAUACAAUCUGCAGUAUUGUUAUUGCAUUCAGAUGUUUAAACAUAUUGGCACCCAAUUAGCCUUUAUUACAGGUGCAGUGAUAACCACUUUAAACUGUUGAGUUGAAUCUAUAAUCUUAAAUGCUUUUGAAUGCUUUUUAUAAUCUUAAAUGUUUAUAUGCAGAUUACAUUGCAUUAUAAAAGAAAGGCCUAACUCUGAGUACGCUCUGUGCCAAAGUAGACAAGAAGCGCAGGCUUUUGCAGAGCGUGUUUGUGAAAGUGAAACUAAAGCAGAGUCUAAGUGUGAGUUACUUUGAGGAGCUGUUGGGAGGAUGCUAUUUGAAUAACCAGGUUAUUCAUUAUUGUCUUUUAUUCAUUUAUAUCUUUUGAUUAAGCUUUUAGUAGAGGUUCUUGAUUAAAACAUUUAUUCAACAUAUUACAGAUAUAGUUUCAGUUAGGUUAUUAUGCACAUG